UUUAUGUUUCAUUUUAAUGUCAUUGGGGUGUCAAGUAUAGAAUGUUCGUUCGGAAAUAUUAUCAGACUAUUAAUUAUUAUUACGACUAAAAAAGUAAUUUCCUCAUAAAGAAAGUGAUUCGGGCCUACCUAUAACUGCUUGAACGCAUAUCGCGUUGUUUUUGUUCGGUAUUUAUUACGACGAUAACCGUUUCGUAAAAAUGGCGGCGGACAAUAAUUCCAAACAAGUUUUGUUGACAACAAGCCCCGAAAAACCGAAUCAUUACACUUAUUUGAAAGAAUUUCGUGUGGAACAGUGUCAGUCAUUUUUGCAACACAAAUGCAACCAACAUAGACCAUUCAUAUGCUUCAAUUGGCAUUUUAUGAAUCAACGACGCCGUCGUCCUGUUCGAAAAAGAGAUGGUACAUUCAAUUAUAGUGCCGAUAAUUACUGUGUUAAAUAUGAUGAAACAACAGGAGUUUGUCCAGAUGGAGAUGAAUGCCCGUUUUUACAUCGCACAGCUGGUGACACAGAACGCCGCUAUCAUUUGCGCUAUUAUAAAACGUGCAUGUGUGUCCAUGACACGGAUGCCCGUGGCUAUUGCGUCAAAAAUGGUCAUCAUUGCGCCUUCGCCCAUGGUUUGCACGAUCAACGGCCAGCUGUCUAUGAUAUUAAAGAAAUUGAGUCAUCGCAAACGGUUGAAACGAAUGGUGAUCUCAUAAACGUUCCGAAUGCACUCGACAAGGAACGGAAUUUAAUGAACGAAGAUCCGAAAUGGCAGGACACUAAUCACGUAUUGACAAAUUAUAAAACGGAACCGUGCAAGCGGCCACCGCGUUUAUGUAGACAAGGAUAUGCAUGUCCUCAAUAUCAUAACAGUAAGGACAAGAGACGAAGUCCACGGAAAUUCAGUUACAGAUCAACACCGUGUCCGAAUGUAAAACAUGGCGAAGAAUGGGGUGAACCAGCCAAUUGUGAAGCUGGCGAUAAUUGUCAAUAUUGUCACACUCGGACGGAGCAGCAAUUUCAUCCGGAAAUCUAUAAAUCAACAAAAUGUAAUGACGUUCAACAGGCUGGUUAUUGUCCUCGUAGCGUCUUCUGUGCUUUUGCACAUGUUGAACCCUAUAUUUUGACAGAGGAAGUACCGCCUAGAGAUCUAGACGGCCCGUCAGCUAAUUUAGCUCUAGGUGACAUAAUAUCAAACGUAUUACCAUUGGAUGGAAAAAAGGACAAACUAUUAGGAUCCGAUUCGAAUAAUAUAUUGAACGGAAGUGGUGAAAGCUGUGAAUCAGCUAGUACAUCAAGUGUAGGGUCAAAUCAUUCUCAUAGCAAAGCCCCUGGGGCGCAGCUACAACAGAAACAUAAUAUAUACCAAAACAACUUGAACGGUAAUUGUAAUCAAUCGUCAGCGAACGGUCAAUUAUCUAACGCAAUGAAUCCGUUUCCAGAUUUUAAUCCCGAUUUGACAAAACAAUUACUGUCGAUAGAAAAUGAUCCAACAAUAGGUCCGCUAGAAAAAGAACAACGGAAACGAAUGUGUAUGACUUUUAUCGGUUCCAUGGGCAAAUAUUCUAAUUUAGAUGAUUUAGCUAGACGUGAUUUAAGUCACUUAGAAAACUCAAUAUCGGCUGGAUUUGCUUCGACCGGUUUACUACAGAAUUCAUCACAACCAGUCAACAUACCCAAUUCGAUGUCGAAUUCAAUAUCUGGCAUCCUGCAAAAUACAUCAGCACCAGUAAACAUUCCGGGUAGUUCGUUAAGUAAUUUUAGCCCGAAUAAUCAUUCGCACAUGUUUUCCAUCACGGAUCCAUUCAGUCAUAUUAGUGGUUCGGCACCGAAAAUCAACAAUUCAUUUGGAACCACGGACAAUUUAUUUUAUCAAUCACAUUUGAUAUCACCGGGAUUAGAAGCAUUGUCCAUUAGUCCAGAGCUUAGAAUAUCUGAAUUAAAUACACUGCGAGACGAAUUAUCAAAUUCAAAUUCGGUCGGAAAUAGUUUAUUUGAGAAUAGCUUACAACAUAGCAAACCAUUCUCUAUGUCACCAUCAAUAAUGACCAAUCCUAGUAUGAACGAAAUGACUCGACUGCGCGAGGAAUAUGCACAAAAAAUGCGCUUCGAAGAUAGAAUCAGCAUUAUGCAGGCAACACAAGCAUGUGAAGCGUGGAAAACGGCUGUAGAUGAAAGUAAUCGAAAGGUGGCACUAGCUGAAGAGCAACGAGAUGAGGCUCUAAGCCGCGUACAAAUGUUAACCGAAAAAUUUGAUCAACUAAAUUCACAGAAUGGAUCCAACAUUCCGAGAGGAGAUCUUAGAGGAUUAUCUUUGCAGAAAUUGAAAGGACUACAGAUUUUCAUUUCCAAUCAACAGGCAAAAUUGCGAUCCGAUUUGGAGGAAGUUGAAAAAGUAUUAUAUUCGGAAACGGCUACAAAGUGCAUGAAUUGUGAAGAAAAUAAUCGAUCAGUGACAUUAGUACCGUGUAAUCAUUAUGUUCUGUGUGAUGUUUGUGCAGCUACUGUGCGUGAGUGUCCAUAUUGCCAAACCGUUGUUACUUCCCAGGCGUGAACAUUUUGUUUUUCUCUACCAACAAUGACAACUUUACGACACAACAAUUGAAGAAAAAAAAAUUAAUUUAAAAGAAAAGAAGAAAAAAAAUAAUUGAAAAAUCUCCAAUAUAAUCCAGGUGUAUGGAUUUAUCUAAAACAAUAUUACACACAACCACAGAAGCAAAACUCAAGCUAAAACUUAUAAAAACUAAAAGAAAAAAAAAAUAAUGACAAGAACAUGAGAACUAGAGGUAGAAAUUAAUUUGUAAAACUUUUUCCAAUUUUUGUUCUUAAAUAUUUUCACAUCUUGAUACGAAUAAGAUGGAAACAUCCGGCAAUGCAUUAAGCAUUGAUGGCAUUUGUGAAAUUCUAUUUAUAUUAUGUUUUCAUGUAUAGAUUUCGUAACCACUUAUUUCAAUUGAAUUGAUUUGAACACUCUAACGAUAACCAAAACAAUGAUUAGAGAAAACUAUAUUCAACAGAAAAUUUAAAUGAAAGAAAACAAAAACGAAAAUGUGUAAACGGUAGAUGAAGAUUCAAAUCUGAUAGAAUUGUAAUCAAAGUUGAAUUAUAGAUGUCAAUACGAAAACUCACGAAAGAAAGAAAAAAGAGAAAG